AACGGAAGUAAUGAAGUUGUAAACAUGGCCGAUGAAUACUGGUGGGAGGACAGAGGUUGAGAGGAUUUCUUAUCAAUUCUUGAAGGAAUGCGAACCAGAAGAAAUGUAGGAGCUAAUGGGGAAAAGGUGAAAUAAAAGAAAGAACUACAAAAGUGUUGCUAUGGCGACCAAACGACCAAGUUUGAAGGAUCGAAUGAUAGAGAAAAUUCACUCUGGUACUGCAAGAUUCCGGACUGGCAGUACAGAAGAUCUGUCCACAGGUUCUGAUUCAGAAAGAAAAAACUCUCACACCACCAAAUGGUACACACAUCCUCAGUCAGAGGUCAAGACAGGUCAAGGACAGGUUGGGAAAGUCAAGGCCACAGAGGAGCCUGUUACUAGUGAUACUGUAAAGAAUGGAAAGAAACCCAAGAAAGUGCAGCCUGAAGGCACAGUGGAGUAUAAGGUGUCAGAGAAUGAUACUCUGGUCUCCAUUGCAGCACAUUAUGAUACGACCCCCACAGCACUCCAGAAACUCAACAAGAUGUCAACACGAAAUGUGUUUGCUGGACAGACACUGUAUGUACCAGAUGGUUCAGCGAGGUCCAAAAUAGAAGAAAGCAUAGAGAAGUCACACACUCAAGUGGGCAGUCCUAAAAAAGACCUUCCUACAAUGGAUUUGCCCUUGACAAAGAUGGCUGAUAAACCUCCAUCCCGUGUGCCUGGACAUGUGGAACGGAUACCUACCCCUAUCUCUUCACCUACAGAAAAAACUGAAUUUGAAAUUCCACAUAAACUUUCAGAAGAGGAGGCUCGUGAACUUGAUCAGGAAUGUUACGAACGCUUCAUCAAAGUCAAUGCAAAACACAUAACUGAUGGACAGGGAGUUGUGAGUGGUGUGUUAUUGGUGACCCCUAAUGCUGUCAUGUUUGACCCAAAUGUAUCGGAUCCACUUGUUUUGGAACAUGGAGCAGAGAGAUAUGGCGUAGUAGCACCUAUGGACAUGGUGAUCAGCGCAGCCAUGUAUCACGACAUUGCUGCAAUGAAGGCCAAAGGUCUAUGUGAAGGGGGUAAGAAGCCUGAAGUAUACCAUGACAAGAGCUGUCCUCUUUUCAAGUCUUGGUGUGAAGGUCAUCCAAAUUUUGAGGUUGCAAGAGCAGCAUCAGAUGCUGGAUUUAUGAGUGACCGAUUGACCAUCUCUGACAGUGCAUCUACUCCUCCCAAAGUCACUCCAAGUCCUCAGUCAGAUUCUGCAAGCUUGUGUUCAUGUUCUGCUAGUCAAGGAGGAGGAGGCGUGUCAACAACCAACUCCCCAGUAAAAGGUGACAACAGUCAGUCCAGCGCUGUCAGUAACAUGUCUGACAGGGAUAAAAACACUGAUUAUCAUACUGGUGAAUUAGAAAUGACAUCACCUAACGAUUUUGGAGAAUUUGUUUCUUCUGAGUCUGAUUUGCAAGAUUUUGAAAAAGUGAAUGGUUCCUCCCCUGGUAUUGAAUCAAAGAAAAAUGGUACAAAUAAGUCAAAUGAUGUUUCAUAUAAUUCUGAAAAAGAGAAAGAUUUGAUUUCAUUUGAUACAGAAUCCGAGUCUAAGCCCAUGUUUUUCAGUGGAAAUGAGAGUGAUAGGAUAAAUGACCCUAGCCCAGUCCCUGGGACAUCGCCAAAAGAAAUGAGAAUAGGAAACAUUGUGUACCAUAAUCUCCCUGUGUCAGAAAGUUCUAAAGGGCAGGUAACUGCUAAAGACAUAGAAACUGCCAAGGUAGCACUCUCUAAGUUAAGUGUGGAGGAAUUUGAACAGCAAAAGUUUCGAUCCACUCCUGUAGAUAUUCCAUUAGUUCAGCAGCCUAGCCAAUCAGAGAGUAGGUCAGCUUCAUUUGGUUCAUUUAACGUAGCUCCUCACUUGAAUGCUUUUGUUAAUUACGCAACAGGAUUGUUUAAAACUGGUUCAGAAGUUAAGGACAUAGGGGAGGUAACUCAUGAUAAUGAAAAGGGGAAAACUGAUAUACUGGAUAUUAAGGGAAAAAGUGACAUGAUAAAACAGAGAUUGAGAUCCCUGGGUUCUUCACCUAAAGAGAAGUCGGAUCCAAUGGGGGCAGAUCUUGAAGUGGAGGUGGAGAAUGCAGUUAAGCUUGCAGAUAAACCUGAGUUAUUCCAGUCCUUUGAUAAGCUUAUACAAUGCAUAAAUGUUCAACUUUCAUGGAAAUACAAACUGAUUCCCCGCCCCGCUGUUGCUGCAGAGGAUCCACCCCUGUACCUCUGUCUACAUCUGGGUAAACCUGUCAAUAAACAUGUCUCUGAGACAGCACCAAUCCAAGCCUACACAAAAAAGAAAAAGAAGCCAGAGUACUGGUUCUCCAUACCUAGAGAAAAGGUGGAUCAGCUUUACGCAUUCUUUGUCCAGUGGAAGCCAGAGUUGUAUGGGGACGAUGAGGAAAUUUCUGCGGAGAGGAGGGGCUUUGUUGUCCUUGAUGAUGACGAUAAAGAUGACCCGGAUGAAAUGGAAGUUUUUGAAGAGUACUUUAGCAAUGGAUUGACUGCUUUACAGAAAGACUGGGAGAUAAUCAGUGCAGAAGAGGCCAACAGGAGGAAGUCCGAAACAGAGGAAACACCGAUCUUACCAGAGCUACAUGGACAAUCCACCAUUGUAGAUGACUAUCACGUACUCAUGCUCAGUCGACAUAUGCCGGCCCGGACCAUUGGUUACCCCUGGACACUGAUCUACAGUACAGAACAGCAUGGCUUUAGCCUGAAAACCCUGUACAGAGAUAUGCAAGGUGUGGACAGCCCUGUCAUGCUCCUAGUCAAGGACACUAAUGACAAUAUCUUUGGGGCAGUGACAUCUUGUGAACUGAAACCAAGUGACCAUUUCUACGGAACGGGGGAAUCAUUUUUAUUUACAUUCUAUCCAGAGUUCAAGGUAUUUAGGUGGACAGGAGACAAUAAUUUUUUCAUCAAAGGCAACCAGGAGAGUCUAUCUAUAGGGGCCGGCCAAGGCCUGUUUGGUUUGUGGUUUGAUGGUGAUCUGUACCAUGGUCAGACUCAUCACUGUGAUACCUAUGACAAUGAUGUUCUCACCUCAUCAGAAGAUUUCAUCGUCAAGGUGCUGGAAGCGUGGAUAUUUUCACAGGACUAGUGCAGUGUGUCUCCUAGUCCAGUAGGCAUGUUACGUCUCCAACUCAGCAAUAAUUACCGAGAAGACUUCACCUAGUUGUUGGUGUUUGUACUGCUGAAGUGUUAACUUUAAAAAUUGGCAAGUCUACAAUAAACCCGUAAUGUCUCAAUGUAUAUAGAUCUUCAUUGACUCAAACCUCAAGGUCAUUUAGCCAAGGUGAUACAGAUUAAUUGUGAUGUCAUUUACUUAGUUAACGUGAGAAAAUUUAUGGCUUUUAGGACAUAUUUUUCACAAGAAGAUUUGAAUAAUGGCUUAUUCAAAGGAGUGAAUUAAUUUGAUAGGUUUCCAAUUUAUGAUAUUUAAACAAUUCAUUAGUAAGUGUGUAAUAUAUAUAUGCUUAAUGUUUAUAUGCAAUAAAGUCACCAUCUUUUAAUAAAAUAAGUUUUGGUAACAGAGAUUUUGAGACGAAUUGUGUUUUGUAAAACUUUUUAAUGAACAAUUUGAUUGACCUUUCUAUUCAAAAUUUUGUGUUCAGUUAAUUGUGCUUGAUUAUAUAGAUCAUGAUAUCUAGUCAUAUUAUGUAGGCUUCCUGUGUUACUAUAUUUAGAAUAAAUAGUGCUUUAUUUUAAUAUUUGUUGACCAUGAAUAUUGUGAUACAUUAGUUAUGAACUUAUAGUUAUGUCUGGGAUUGAAUAUGUAUGAAUUUUAUAAGUUCAUUUGUGAUGACAUAACUUUAAAUAAAACAAACACAGCAGAGAAAUAAGUACAGUGAAACCUGUCUAAUCUGACAUGCAUUGGGAGACUAAAUUUUUGUCAGAAUAGAGAGGGUGUCAGAUUACACAGUGUCAAGAACAUGGAAAAUAGUAAAAUGGGAAUUGAAAUAAAGGUUGGAAUUCACAGUGAAACAGAUUAGGAAGGUGUCAGAUUAGACAGUUUUCACUGUAUUUACAUUCUCCUUUCUUGAUAUUGUAAUGAUUCCUGUUGUGUUCAAUAAAAGGGGUAAAUUUUCUCAGAAAGUGAAUGCUGUUUUGAGCAUAAUUGUGUUUAAAUUAAACAUUUUUCAUCUAUAAAUGAUAUAUCGGUCAACUAACAUUUAAAAUGAGAAAUUAAAGCAGAAUUAAUGCUAUGUGUGAAUGUGUGUGUGCGUUGUUUUUUUGUUUUGUUUUUUUAAAUUUCCGGCUUAUAAUACGAAAGUAUGGUCGGAAAUAGAAUUAAUGUAUCAAACUGUGUUAAAAAAAAGUGCUUCAGUAUACAUGUAUAUGUUUUAUGUUAGCAAGCUUUUUUGUGUUUUGUGUUGAUUAACAAAUGUUGUUCAGAAUGCCAUUUCAUCCUGAAUUCUGUGAUAUAACACCAUGUAUAAACCACUUAAGAUUUCAGCAUUUACAUGUACCUUCGAUACCAGUACUAAAAGUAUUGUAUGUAUUUCAAAAUCACUUUGUGUUUUUGUGAUAUUAAUUAGACAGGCACUUCACAUUAUAGGGAUGUCGCUUAUCAAACUUGAUCCUUGCCAAAAAAAAAAAAAAAAAGAACUGUCAAUUUUGAGGCAAGGGUGGGUUUUGUUUGUGUUGAGAAAUGCUCAUAUAUCAUAUAUCAAGUGUGAUAGAGAAAUUGUAUUAUUGUUUAUCAUAUAGUCAUGUUGUAUGUGAUACGGAAUUGUUAUUCUUUAGGAUUGUAUUGAGUCACAUUAGAAUCUGACGAAGGGGAGAGUAUUUGAAGUUUUUUUCUUAGAAAAAUUAUUGAAAAAUUCCAUGCAUUUUUUUUUGUUGGCUGUAAUACACUGUAAUUUUAAACAUUCCUCAAAAUAGGGUUUUAAACUUGUAAGAAGUAAUGUUUUAUAUGAGUUAAUAUUUAAUAUAGUAUGUUAUUGAGACAAUAAAGAAUUUAGUAAGAAAUGUU